UUGCCAAGCUUGUCUAAUGUUUUCGCCUUGGCGUUGGACUUUCGUUGUCUUUGACUUUCCUUGUCUUGCUUCUCUCACCUCAACAGUGCCGGCCGAUGCGGCCUUUUGGGACGAUGGAGACAGCGAGAGCGACUCCCCUUCCCCAAGAAGCGAACUGGUCGAGUCACAACCUACGACGCGGCCACGAUAUGAGGGCGUGUAUCACUGCGAGUUCUGUCCUUACUCCAAUGAAAUUCUACAUAAUGUCACCAGGCACGAAAGGAGACACACAGGCGAGAAGCCUUUCCACUGCUCUAUCUGCAAGAAAGCGUUCGCUUUUAGCAGUGACUUGCGGAUUCACGUGAGAACUCAUACGGGGGAGAAACCAUUUUGUUGUGAGGUUUGCCAGAAGGCGUUUGUAAAAAAAAGUCACCUGGUGCUUCACAAAAGAGUCCAUACGGGCGAGAAACCAUACCAGUGUGGCACCUGUGAGAAAGAAUUUUCUCACAAAUCCAACUUGUUGUGUCACGAGAGAACCCACAGUGGGGAGCGGCCUUACAAGUGUGAAGUCUGUGGGAAAAUGUUUAAACAGGGUCACCAUUUAAGUAGGCAUCGGAAAAAAAUGCAUGAAUGAGGGAUCUGCAUCAUGCAAUAUCUGGAAGUAUUGAAGAUUUCUUUCAUGUUUCAGUGUGCACAUCACUGCCUGUCUCUUCUCUGUUUAAAUGAAGUGGAGAAAUAGAGGCACAUUUAUCAGCUCUCAACAUUAUCAUUUGCAAUUAGGCAACAGCUGCAGUACUGCUGGGCAGCAUUUAUUGUUUAAUACAGUUUAGCAGCUUUUAACUUUGUGAUAAUUUUUGUUUUAUGACACAUAGAGCUACUCUAAUUGUUGAUUUUGAGUAGAUGAGGAGCAUUGGGGUUAAUCAAGACACCUUGAAUCCUAUAUAUAAAUUUUUGUGACAACAUUUUGAAAACUCAUUCUUCUAAAGUUGUCUGGAUAUCCAUGCAUUGAAUUUGUUAAUCUAGUUCUUCCACUUUGCUCCAAGUUAAAUUAUGUUCCUGAGGCCGUAAAAAAAAAAUGUCCGUUACUGUCCUCCUCCGUUCUUUGUAGAUUCAGUGAAUCACAAAUAAACUACUUUCCACAACAA